AAUGAAGGGUUUGGUGCUGUCCUUGGCGCUCUGCGUCCUUGCUGCCACAAGCGUGUCAGCUCGCGAGGACGACAACCUCCGCAUCCUCGCCAAGUACACCACGACCUCGGCGAUUGUCCUAAGCACCUUGACGAGUACGGUGCCUUAUACGUGCUACAAUAACCUCAACAGCCAGAUCUGUCUUGGGAGGAGACUUCGCCGGCUUGUCAAGAUGGAGGAUCUUGAAGCUGAGAAUCCGGAAUCCAUGUCCCUGGACGGGUCCCAGGGCGAUUCGGUCGCAGAGCUGGAUGAGCUGGAGCGCGACGUCCGAUCUGCCGGUGACGAGGACGACGAGAGCGCGAGGGAAGGGCGCCUGGCACUCAUAGUGUGGACGACCAGCUCCUCCACCUACACUAUCACCUCGAAGACCACCAACUCGUCCACGACCUUCUCGCUCUCCUACUACUGCACGGCCGUCGGCGCCCCGAUGGCUCCCGCCUGCUGAGCGCCCCCGCCCAAUCUGCAGACGAGCGCUGCGGAGUGGCACUCGCGCCCGCCCACUCCUCUCUCUCUCUCGUUGUCCCUGCCUCUCUUGAUCUCUUCUUCGUUCGAUUUCUUUCUUUCUCUUUCUCCCUUAAAUUUUUUUCUCUCUCUCUCGCGUGGAUGAAAUGAUGCUGUUUCUUACUGUAUUAUUUUCGUCUUUGUUUUUACCAUGCUGCUCUGUUUGUUCUUUAACCCAUUUCUGAGGAGUGGCGAUUUGUUUGACAAUGAGUUGUUUUUAUUUAUUAUCGCAAGGGUCAUAUUUGUAAAUAAACGCACACUAUUUUCGUA